GUUUUAACGCGUCCAUUAUGGCGGAGAUGUACACUACUUUCUUGCGUUGUAUCUGUUCUUUUCUACACAAAUCUGUGACUGUGUAGGAUUGUUAUUCGCAUUAUUAUUUUUUGAGAAUAAAUCACAUGGAGGAGCCAAAGCCACUAACAUCGAGGAAAAGAAAACGACACGAGUAAGUGCCUCUAAUUCACCUCAACAGCGUAGUAAACUCGAUACCACACGUGGUCGAUUGAACAAGAAAUAGGAGAAUGUAACUUGGGGUAAAGAAUGGCAAUUAGAUUCAGGAAUAACGCUCAUUGUCAUGUGGUCCAAUGAUAUGAUUAUUAAAGGAUACGCAUAAUCAUAUAGGUAGCCAAGUAUUUUAACCUGAUUUCAUGUAUAUUCUCAUACAAUUAUUUGUUUUUGAUAACAGUUGGUGGGCCAAACAUAGACCAAAGGAAGGAAAAGUUCUGAAGAAAUCUGGUACGCUACGUAGGCUCUUGUUUCUUUCUUGUUACCCUUUGUACUUUGCUCAAUUUUUUUAGAACCAGCAUUUUGUUACUGCAGCUUUUACAUUGCCAUUGAAGUUAAUUUACAGAAGAAUCAAACUGGUAUUACGUCUGGUUACAGCUUUCUUGAUGAUGAUCAUUGUUAAAUUUUGACAUAAUUUCCACAACUGUAUGUAAUUAAGUGGUCUUCAUUUUUACAAUGAAGGAUUUCAUCCCUUAAAAGUACAUACUAAGGUGAUAUUGCCAUCAUCAUUGGUCCACAAAUCCUUUGCCAUAUUCAGCACUGACACAAUGAUUAUGAUGACAAUAGCAAUUUUAUGAUUAAAGUUUCCUUCCAGAUGUAGUGCAGGUUACCUGAGACAAUUGUGUAAAGAUGUAUGUUUUUCUCUUUUUUUGUAUGUUCAUCUCUACCUAUUCAUAUUAUUAACUUAAAUUAAUUAUUUAUAUAUUAAUAACUUUAUCUUUUAGACAAAACAGAUAAGCCAGUUAAGACCCCAGAGAAAAAGAAACAAACUUCUGAAGCAACUGGAGAAGAAAAUGAACAAGCUAUUGAUAAACUUGAUAGUAAAGACAAGAACAAAAGAUACAUACUUUUUAUUGGUAGGUGUAAUGAAGCUGUAAUUUAACUUAAAUACAGGCAUGCUAUUCAAUUGAUAAUCUUUCAAUAAGUGUACUCCAAUGUUUUUAAUAUUUAUUGAGCAAGUCAACAAUUGGCAUCAUACACUUCUGACUACAUGGUACAUGUAGCUACAUCUUGUGACAACAAUAUUUGUGAUUAAAUUUGUACAACAAGUAACUUUGCCCUUUGUUGCUGUGAGUAUGUUCUUACCAGCAACAGAAAUAGCCAUGACUUCACUAAAAUUCAUCUAUGACUUGGACAUAAUUAGUUAUAAUGUUUUUUCAUUCCUCAAUUGUCUCAAAAGGAAACCUUCCCUUCUCAGUGAAAGAGGAACAAGUUAAGAAUCAUUUUAGAUGCACAGGUAAUUUAAUAAUAUUUAUUUGGUCACAGAUUCAAAUGGAACUUACUGUUUUGAGACAGGGUGGUGUGUUUUUUUUUUAACUGUUGAUGAUAUAAUUUUUAACUUGAUAGGUUUUUUUUUUUUUGAUCAGCAGCCUUAUGUGGUGUGAAAGUUUUUGGAUCAAUAUCAGUAUCCGGGCAACUGCCCACCUACCCCUCCCCUAACUCAACAACAGUCAAUUGACAACAAGUUAAGGUUAAUGUUGGGUUAGGGAAGGGGUAGGUGGGCAGUUGCCCAGAUAAUGAUAUUCUUAUUCUUAUUCAAGGAGGGCCCUGAGUGAAGCAGAAAAAUAUUUUCAUCACAGCAGACAAAAGUGUGCAAGUAUUAGUGAUAAUAAACAGCUAUUCUGUCUGUUUGUCAAUAGAUAACAUUACAGAAUUUCGACUCAUGACCAAGAAGAGUGGAGAGUCUAAGGGAUGUGGAUUUAUUGAAUUUGGUGACAAGGCUAGUUACUGGGUGAGUGAAAUUACUUCCAUUGUUUGACAUCCUUCUGAUGUAUUACAUGUUAUGAUUAUAGUGAUUUAAUAUGCAGUUACAUCAGUCAUUUUGAUUGGUUAAUAUUUUCUUGCAUUUGUUUCUUUUUGAGCGUCUUUUGUUUUAGAUUCCUCACUAUGUAAAUUACAGUUUGGUUUUCUGUAAUAAACCUCUAAAAAUAGAGACUUGAAGGAGUUCCUUUUAUUAAGGCACAUCUUAAUGAUCUUUUUAACUUGAACUCUUGGGAAAAUGAGCUAACAUUCUCCAAACUUUGCCCUUUACUUUACCCUUAACAAGUAUCCAUACUUAAUAUUAUCAAAGGUUAAAUUUUAUAUUAUUCCUCUACAGAAAGCACUGAAUUUACAUCACAGUGUUCUUGCUGGAAGAAAGAUAAAUGUAGAGGUAACAUGUGGAGGUGGAGGUAAAGGAGAAAACAGAGUGAAAAAACUGCAACAACGUAAAUUAAAGUUUCAGCAAGGAAGGAAAAGAAGGUCAACAACUUCUACAAAAGUCAAAUCAAAACAGAACGAUGAUACAAGCUGUAAUACAUAGACUUGAAUUAUAUUUAUUUCAUAAUAAAAAGAAACUUCUUGUUCAGUUAUGUCUAAUAUUGUUUAGUUUUAUCUUUUUUCUCUGAAAAUGAAUUCAAAAAAGGAAUUAAAUUUACUAGUUUUAUUUUUUAUUAAUUUUUUUUUUGUAACAAACCCAAACAACAUAUUAAUUUGCAUGAAUCAUAUAGCCAAUAUAGUGAAAAUAAAAUUAAAAAAUUAAUCUUUGUACUGAUCUGUAAAAAUAUCAUUUGUCCCUGUAGAGCCCAAGAAUUCUUAUUGCAAUUUUAUUUAUAAUUCUUUUAGGGUCAUGUUGAGUUGUUUGUGGCUGUGAGAUUGUGAGAAGAGGGCUUAUUAAAAUUCAUUCUUUUAGAGAUUCCUUUUGAUUUGUAUAUCAAGCCCCAUCUGUCAUCCAAAGGGUGUUUUUUGUUUAAUUCUCUGGAAACUUUUUACUCUUCUCUUUUAUUCUCUUAUUACCAAACACAAAUGCCCACAUUGCAGAUGUGUGCCAAAUUACUUUACCAACAGAAGCAUUCCAGAACAUUUGGUUCAAAUUGUUUUGUGAGACGGCGCAAAAACCCAUAACAAGUUCUUGGAACAUUUCCAUGUUUCCCCCUAAAUCAUGGAACACCAUUCCUCUCAACAGGGAAUUGAAGCAUGUAAGAAAAGUUUAAAACUCAUAUUUUUGAAGGAUUCUUAACAGCCCCAUAAUUGAUCAAGAUUCAGCUGUAUUUAAAUCAUCUGCUUGUGUAAGAUUUUUAGUACCUGUAAAACUAUUUGUCAAAUGCUGUGGAUAAUUAUUGGAUAUGGCACUGAAGAAGAGGGGCUGGUCACUACACACAUCCUAGCAUUUUACACACAGAGAGGAUUGGUGGAGGGAAAUCAUGCCAUAUGUAACAGGUUGUUUUAUUGUUAGAUCCAUUGGUUAAUUGCCAAAGUAGAUAAUUGAAUUUGACAGAAACCAGUUAAAGGCACUUCUGAUUUUGCUCAAAUGAAACACAAUGUUAAGCUAAUGUUACAAUAAAUAACAAUUUAUAAGAAAUAAAACAUCAAGAUAAAAAAGUAAGGAAAAUGAGAUUUGGUAGUAAUCACCAGAAACUUGAUCAAUGUGCAUAUUAAAAGAAAAGUGAAAAGGGUGAGGCAAUUGGGAAAAUCAUUGAUUUUUUUAAAGGGGCUAGAGAGAUAAAUGCCCCUCUUUCGUGACAAACCAGAAAAUAAUGACUCAGUCAAAUUAGGCCCAUUAAAUUGCCUUAAAAUGACAUUUGUCGAUCAGGUUUGAUUGGCAUCGGGAAAGUAUCGGUAAUCGACUUAUCGCGUCUGUUUGUCAUAACAACACCUGUGAGGCGUCACGUGACCGGCAAUGCGAUAACAAGAAAAUGGCGUCAGAGGAAAGUUUGCUUUUCUGUGUUCCUGAAUUUUCUUCCCAAGUUUUCUCAGGGCUACACAGCCUUAGAAAAGAUGGGAAGCUCUGCGACAUUCAACUUGGUGUAGGUGAUUUCCAUUUGAAGUCUCAUCGUGUGGUUUUAGCUGCUGCGAGUAGCUAUUUUAAUGCCAUGUUUACUGGAGACAUGAAAGAAAGUCGUCAAGAUGAAGUCAUCUUGUUCGGCGUGGAAUUUUCAGCUUUAGAGGAUCUGGUGAAUUUCUGCUACACAGGAAGGAUUGAAAUCAACGUAGAUAAUGUGCAGAAUUUACUAUGUGCCUCCAACCUGCUGCAGUUGGCGAGUGUAAAGCAAGCGUGCGUUGAGUUUCUCCACCGCGUUCUUCAUCCGACAAAUUGCCUCGGUAUCCGGUCUUUCGCUGAUACAUAUUCUUGCAUAGAUCUCGUCAAAGCAGCUGAUGUUUUUGCUGUGAAAAACUUCUCUGAGGUUGCAAGGAGUGAAGAAUUCUUGAGCUUGGCCCCCGAGGCGGUGGUGGAGAUGAUUUCGCGGGAAGAAUUAAAUGUCCGCACAGAAGAAGAAGUUUUUGAAGCAAUUUCAGCUUGGGUGAGAAGAGAAGAAGACGAGCGCAAAGAUUUCCUUCCAGAAUUACUCAAGAACGUGAGACUGCCUUUGAUUAGCCCGCAGUAUCUAUGCGACAAAGUCUCCAGCGACGAGCUGAUAAAGAGUAAUUUAGCAUGCCGUGACUUGAUAGACGAAGCUAAGGACUACCUCCUCAUGCCUGAGAGGAGAUGUAAGCUUCAGUCGAUCCGCACGAAACCAAGGCGUUGCAGUGAAGCUGCAUGUCUGAUUUAUGCUAUUGGCGGCCUGACUUCCUCUGGGGAGGCUCUUAGCACCGUGGAAACGUACGAUACUUUGACCGGACAAUGGUUGCCUGGCUUACCUAUGAGCACGUUGCGUACCCGUGUUGGAGUAGCUGUCCUUGAUAAAAAGCUGUAUGCCCUUGGUGGAUUUGAUGGCCACAAGCGACUGAGCACAGUGGAAUGUUUUGAUCCACAGUUUCAAACAUGGAAGGCAGUUGCUCCCAUGAAUACACGUCGCAGUGCUCUUGGUGCAGUGGUAGUAAGCGGAGGGAUUUACGUUGUAGGUGGGUAUGAUGGUCACAUCUCACUGAGCACAGUAGAGUGCUAUUCUUCUGCAGUCAACAGCUGGAAGUUUGUAGCCCCAAUGGGGACACUCCGCAGUGCUGCUGGUGUCACAGAGUUGAACGGAAAGAUUUUUGCCAUUGGUGGACACAAUGGCUUAUCAAUAUUUAACACAGUGGAAGUGUACAACCCACAAACCAACACAUGGGUGCAGAGUCCGCCAAUGAGUGUUCGUAGAUGUAGAGUUGGUGUUGCCACUUUAAAUGGCCGCAUCUAUGUGUGUGGAGGGUAUGACGGCAGUUGCUUUCUCAACACUGUUGAGUGUUUUGACCCUGAGACUGGGCAAUGGACCUUUGUAGCCCCCAUGAAUACUCGCCGCAGUAGGGUAGCUGUGGUGACUCUAGGAGGAAGGUUGUAUGCGAUUGGAGGCUACGAUGGCUUGUCAAACCUUAAUACUGUGGAGUGCUUUGAUGUACUGAGCAAUAGAUGGACCCCUGUGGCAUCCAUGGGCAUGCACCAAGGAGGUGUUGGAGUGGGAGUGCUUCCUAGAGGACCAUUUUCUUAG